AUGCCUGAGCAUAGGGAAAUCAAGAGGACGGGCCUCACCGACCUCUCUGGUGGCGGGUUCUUUAUCAGGAGGGUGGCCUCGCCCGGAGCUCUGGCAGGGAGGCGGACUGGGAAGCCUCUGUCCCGGCGGUUCCCGUCGCCCUUCAGCAACAAGGAGAAUGUGCCACCAGUUUGGGCUGUCAAGGCUACGCCGGCGAGGAGGAGGAGCCCACUUCCUGAUUGGUACCCAAGAACACCACUUCGGGAUAUCACAGCGAUUGCAAAGGCUAUUGAGAGAAGCCGCUUAAGGAUUGCUGCAGCUCGGCAGCAAAGUGAAGUGCCUGAGCAAUCUCCGCCACCUGCGAACUUGAGUACUACAGUACCAGCUGAGCAGGACAUUCCUCAUUGUACCGAAGCUCAGGACUCCCUGGCUAUUGCCUCUGGUUCCAGCUCAACUAGCCUGGGCGAGCAGAGCUUCAAGGUCUAUUCUUCGCCAUCCAAGAGCUCACUGAAGACUCCAACCAAACCCAUUGAUCCAGUGCUUGCUGAUCUAAUGGAGAAGAAACUGUCUAGCUCAAUAGAGCAAAUUGAGAAGAUGGUGAAGAAGAACUUGAAGCGAACUCCAAAGGCUGCUCAACCUUCCAAGAGGGCCAACCAGAGGCGCACUCUCAUGUCCAUGCGAUGA